AUGUUGGCCCGAGCAACGCAACGGACGGUUGCUCUCGCCUCGCGUAAGCUGGGCUCUUCUUCUAGCUCCUCGGCCGGCACCUCGACCGGAUGUCACGGUGUUCGCCUCAUGGUUGGAGCUCAGCAGCAACAGAGAGGAGGGCUGCUGCAUACAUCCGCGAUUGAUGCAGAUGCGUCAUCUUCAUCACAGCGAAGCAGUGCUGCAGCGCACGAUGAGCUGCGAGAAAAGCGAUCGAGGAGAGCGUACAGCACGAGAGAUGGUCGGGACGCGGGGGAGACAUCUGCUGCUCCGCAAGCUAGUCGAGAUGAAUGGCUUGCAGGACCUUCUUCGCGAGCUCUCAAUCCAGCACCCACAGCAGAAGCGCUGCAGAGAUGGUUUGAGAGGUCCUUCCCUACGCUGCCUUUGCCAGAGGAAGUAGCUGCGCAAGCGGUGACCCAUGAGAGCUUCGAUCUCACAGGUAGGACUGUCGCGGGGCACAACAGAAGGCUGAGCUUUCUGGGCCGAAGAGCAAUGCAUCUCUACCUCUCGCUGUUCCUCUCUCAGCAGGAGCUUCCCCUCACCCAAUCGGUCGACUUGCUGCACACAGCAGCUUUGGGCGAGACGGUUGGAGCAGCGCUGCGCCUUCAAGAGGUCAUGCGAUGGACUGCCGCUCGAGACGGAUCCGAGCUCGAGUCUGGAUUGUGGACCAUCCGUGGUGUGGCCGUUGAAGCGCUUGUGGGUGCAAUUUACCACCAGCACGGUGCUAGCAUCGCUCGCGACUUUUUUCACGCACAUGUGCUGCCCCAUCUAGCGAUUUCACCCUCCGCCAGACCGGCCGUCAAGAGCAUACAGGCUGCAUCGAGGGAAGCACUAGCAUCUUUCACUUCGGUGAUGCCGGCAGCGGGCACAUCGCCGAACAAGUUGGAGGGACAGGAUGGACCUCGGGCCAUUCACAUGGACGCAGCCGAAGCGCCUGCUGAUGUUGCUCUGACAGCAGCUUCGUCAAUGAGUCGGGCUUCGGAGCCGACAAUCGCGCAGAGCGGCUCAGAGCUGGCUGCCAAGUCUUCUUCAAAUCGCCGCGCUCCACAGAGUCGAGAAGGGCAGCCGAAAGGAGUGGAUCGCAGCUGGGCGCAUGCGCACGCCCACGAUGUUGGAGCUGAUACCGCAGUGCUGGCAGGAUGA